AUGGCAUCCCUCUUCUCGAUCGCAGCAGCAGCAGAGACCGUCGAGGACUCCAGCUGCGACUGUUUUCUCUCCAACGGGACUAACCCCGGAUACUAUGCCAAGCACGCCUUUUUCGACUUUCGGCAGCUGUUGCCGCACGCUGGCGUGCCCAACGUGGUCGACAACGCGGCCACCGCCGCCUCCGCGCCAGAGAGCAGCGACUUCUUCACGUCGGAUGCCUGGACCAGCUUCUGGGAGGUUGAGAACUGGAACAAUAGCAACGGCGCGGCGAGCAACGGCCGCGCAAACACCCUGUCCAACGACGCCACCAUUUACAUGGUCAACUCGCCUAGUAACAUUUACAUUGCAAAGGCGGCCGAUGACGGCGACGGCGGCGGCGGCGGCGGCGGCGGCGGCGGCGGUCGGGAUGUCGUCACGUUCCUCACCAUGCGCACGAAGCGUCUCCAUGACUUCCAGACGGCCGCCGAGUUUCAGACAGCGGAUGCCGACUACCAGUUUCUCUCGCUGCGAAUGUGCGCGCGCACCGUCGGCGCGCCGGGCGCCGUGACCGCCAUGUUCACAUACCGCGGCGCCGCUGAUCCAGCCAGGGUGCAGGAGGCCGACGUUGAGAUACUGACACGCGGCCCGCGCUCCGUCAUCCAGUACACAAACCAGCCGUCGGACCUGCCUGCGGACCGGGGCGAGAUCGCCGAGGCCACGCGCAAUGCAACGCUACCCGGCGGCGCCGCGUGGUCCGACUGGGCCGUCCACCGCCUCGACUGGACCCCGGAGCGCAGCGUCUGGUACGUCGACGGGCGCGAGGCCGCCAGCAUCGCCUUUCAGGUGCCGCGGGAUCCCGCCGCCGUCAACUUCAACGCGUGGAGCGACGGCGGCUCCUGGAGCGGCAACAUGACGGUGGGCGACGAGGCGAGUCUGCAGAUUCAGUGGAUUGAGAUGCUGUACAACAGCACAGACGCCGGCAAGCAAUCUGCGGCCGUGGCGGCGUCAGGGUCGAGGACGGCGAGCGGUCGCAGAAUCAUGCGCAGAUCUGCAAAGCACCAUGCAUGCAAAGUAGUCUGUACUAUCGAUGGUGUAGCAGAUGUCGGAAAGGCAGCCUUGUUAUCAAACAGCACAGAAAGUGGUGCUGCCUCAAACACUAGAGCUUCUGCCGGUACGGGUAGUCUCUUGAUGUGCUUAUGGGCUACCGCAGCGAUCUUGUACAUGGUAUUAUGA